GAACAUCCACAAUAUCUUCCCCACCUCCUGCAGAAAGAAAUACAGAAGGUUCUCAGAUGAAAAUAGCUCCUCUUUGCUUUGGGGAAAAGCCAGAACCCAUUAGCUGAUCAAUUUUACCUGGAGAAGGCCCGUGGGCUGCUGAUCAGCAGGCGUAACCCAGGGAGGCAACACAGACGGGACAGCCCUGCUGUGAGGAGUGCAAACACCGAACACAGUGAUGCUUUCCCACAUCAGAUGAUGAAUGGACACUGAGGGGAAAACAGUCCUUCUGCCGGCCAGGCGAGCUGGACUGGCGUCCACGCUUACAGGAACAACUUGGAAGGAGGAAAAAUAUUUUCAUGGUUUUCCCAGACAGAUAUUCCAGGACAAGUGAUAAUGGAGACCCAGGAUAAUAGGUGGCUCUGGGUGACCGUGCUGCCCGGCUGCGCGGGCUGCAGGACCGUGGCGGUGCCAGCGUCCUGGACGGUGCGCGAUGUGAAGCGGCGUCUCGCGGCGGAGACCGGCUUCCCCGCGUCGGAGCAGAGGCUGUGGCUCGGCGGCCGGCAGUUAUCUGACUGGAUCAAGAUUGGAGAUUUGACCUCCCAGAACUGUCAUCUUUUUGUAAACCUUCAAUCAAAAGGCUUGAAAGGGGGAGGUCGAUUUGGUCAAACGACACCACCACUUGUGGACUUCCUCAAGGACAUCUUGAGACGGUACCCAGAAGGAGGGCAGAUUCUGAAGGUAGGGCAGAGUUGCAUGCAUAUGCGCCUCCAUGCUGGUCGAUUUGGUCAAACGACACCACCACUUGUGGACUUCCUCAAGGACAUCUUGAGACGGUACCCAGAAGGAGGGCAGAUUCUGAAGGUAGGACAGAGUUGCAUGCAUAUGCACCUCCAUGCUGGUAACCAUGAGAUGAGAGGUUACCAGGAAGUCCUGUUCGUGUUUGCAUUUUAA